GAAGGAACGAGACAUCUGGUUGCACAAAACACAUUUUCUAAACCUGUGCAGAUGUUUAUUGUAUUCAUCGCGGCCUCGUCUUCGAAUAACACGCACGAAAACGAGCAUUUGUAGGAAGUAAACAAAGUAUCAGCUAAGUGAACUGUACCGCUGCGCGCGCAUUUACAUUUUUACGACGGAAGUGAAACGGCUCAAACCCGGAGGAAAGCGACAACGGGAGUGAAAACGAAGCGGAAUUAGUCAAUGAGAGGGAGGAGAGAGCGAAAGAGAAGGAGUGUGUGCGACAGCCGACAAGGAGGCUGCAGGACGCUGGGGCCGAGGUGGACGUGGCGGGUCCGGCAGGGGUUUGAUGUGGGUUCCGCUUACGGCGCGUUGACGGCCGCAAAAAAAAAUAAAAAAUGAACAGGUGGUGAUGAGAGCGUGCAUGAACCGCGCAAGUCAUGCAACUCACCACGUACGCUCUUCUAUCUCAGCGAGCGUUUUGCAUUGUUAUGCAAAGGUGAACGAGUCGAUGUUUGCGUUCAGAAGUUGAAGCUGGCUCAACUUUCCCUCAGCGGAUCGUUCAGCUGGCUGAUGCAGCGACGUUCUGCUACAAACAAGAUGGCCACUGGCUCGCGCACGCUGAAACUGUGGCAUUUUUACCCUCCUGCCUUUGUAUGUUCUUCAUCACCACCGCUGGAAACACCGAAACGCGCCCUUGCAUGCCGAUAUACCCGCUAUUGGCACCCCGUUCUGUGUUUGUAUCGCACGCUCUCCGUUCCAGGGCGUCAUGGAUUAAAACGUUCUCUCGAGCCAGGGGAAUCACCGUUGUUCCUAACCCAGGCCAGAGGUUGUCGUGGCAGUGGUGACGAUCCCCACUCAGGAACCCCGCUUUUAUCUGUGUGAAAGUAAGGUAUAAUACUCAUAACAGACGCUUUGGUCAGGCGGUGGAGUAGUUUCCACCAGGAUGGCAGAGUUGGAGACAGAAUGCAUCACUUUAGGACUAAACAAUUUGGUGUCGGAGUGCGGUACGCCCCCUCCGCUUGACCCUUUACAAGCAGAGUGCACCACGCCAACCCUGACCAUGCUGUCGUCAGAAUGUAGCACGCCGACGCUCAGCUCGCUGGCCUCAGAGAUCGUGGAGCCCAUGGCUAUGCUGCCGUGCAUCAAAAGCGAGCCCGACCUCGACCUCGACCUCGACCCCAUCUGCACGGUGGACCUGUCUGUGAUCCAGCCCCUGAGCACGGCCGAGCUGGGCUCCGAACAGAUCAAGAUGGAGAUCAGCGGCCUGGACUACAUCAAAUCGGAGCACCACAGCGACCUCCAUUCCUUCCACAGCACGGAGCUGGACUCCUACAAGUCACACUACGAACCCAGUCUGGUGUUCGACUACAUCACUCACGUCUCGGACAGCUUGGAGUACAUCAAGUCGGAGCAACAUUCGGACCUCCACAGCUACUACGCCAGCGAGCUCGGCGCCAUCAAGACCGAGUACGAGCCCAACCUCAUGUCCAGCCACAUCAAGACCGAGAUGAAUGGCUUGGAGUCGAUUCACAUGGCGGAGCUGCGCACCGAACUCAACAAGCUCCGGCCUGAAACCGUCAUCGACAGCAUGGGGAAAAUGGACUCGGAUUUCCAAUCGGGAAACCUUUACGAACUGACGUCCGUCCAGGCGAGCAAAGCGACUGCCGCGCACAACCAAACCAGCACAAAAGGCCAUGCGCCGACUCCACGCAAACCUCGCAACCUCACAGGUGAGAAGCCAUUCUCCUGCACUCAGUGCGGGAAGAACUUCAGCACCCUGGGUAACCUGAAGACUCACCAACGCAUCCAUACCGGCGAGAGGCCUUACACCUGCUCCCAGUGCGGGAAGAGCUUCGGGCAGGCUGGUAACUUGAAAAGGCACCAGCUCAUCCACACGGGGCAAAAACCUUACACUUGCGCGCACUGCCCGAAGGGUUUCACCAAAGCGGACGAUCUCCGCUCGCACCAGCGACUGCACACGGGCGAGAAGCCAUUCAGUUGCGCAGAGUGCGGUAAGAGCUUCGGCCAAACGAAGGAACUCAAAGCCCACCAGUUGAGCCACACGGGAGAGCGGCCCUUCUGCUGUUCACUGUGCGGCAAGAGCUUCACUAAAGAGUCGAGUUACCGCAAUCACCAGCAAAUCCACACAGGCGAGAAGCCCUACAGCUGCUCCCAGUGUGGCAAAACUUUCAGCAAUUCAGGGGUCCUCAGAACACACGAGAAGAUUCACUCCGGGGAAAAACCGUUCGGCUGCACCCAGUGCGGCAAAAGUUUCGGUCGCUUGGGACAUCUUAAAGCACACCAGCAAAUUCACACGGGCGAACGGCCGUACACUUGCCAGCAGUGCGGGAAGAAUUUCAGCCAAUCAGGUCAUCUCAAAGCACACGAGCAGAUUCACAAAAAAGAACGGCCCGAUCUUAGCAGUGGCAGUAACGAUAGUAGCUAAAAGAAACCUCAUUAUGUCUCAAAAGUAUUACUCUUUUUUUUGUUUUUGUUUUUUUUUUAUAAAAGCUACAAUAUAUAUAAAUAUAUUAUAAAAUAUAUAUGUUUCAUUAUGUUUUCAUACCUUACGUCUCCUCUUCUUUUCUUAAUAUCUUCUUUUGGGUACAGUUGUGACAGAUUUUCUCUUAUGAAAGUGUCUAUGUUUGGGAUCAGUGAGCUUACAGAGAGUCUUUGUAUCUUGUCUGAUCAGUGUCGUAGUGAGUGCCAUUCUAGUUUCUUUCCUCCAGUAAAAUACUCAGUGUACACGUUUAUUGAUAAUAUGUAAUUCUUAA